GAGCAAAUCAGCAGCUGAGCCAGACCCCCACCACCAUCCCCUGGGAUAAAAGCUGGCGAUCAGGCUGUGCUCGUCCCUUCUCGCACGAACCAGAACAGCGGCCCCAAUGGCUCAGGAAACACUGCAGUACUGCCACUCUGAGAAAGACUUCAUCUUGUCCCCUCACAGUAAGAAGGCUCCCAAAAGGAUGGCGUCCCUCAUGGAGCUGAAGGAGAUCUUCCGCAGCGCCGACGCCGUGUGCUUCGACGUGGACAGCACGGUCAUCAGGGAGGAGGGGAUCGACGAGCUCGCCAAGUUCUGCGGCGUCGGCGACGCCGUGGCGGAGAUGACCCGCAGGGCCAUGGGGGGCACAGUGACAUUCAAAGCAGCUCUAACAGCACGACUCGGUCUCAUACGUCCCUCCUACGAACAGGUGCAGAAAUUAAUAUCUGACAACCCACCUCAGCUCACGCCAGGGAUCAGGGAGCUGGUGAGCAGACUUCACCAACGAGGGGUUCAGGUCUUCUUGGUGUCCGGGGGCUUUCAGAGCAUUGUGGAACACGUGGCCUUGCAGCUGAACAUUCCCACAGCAAACGUCUUUGCCAACAGGCUGAAGUUUUACUUUAACGGAGAAUAUGCGGGAUUUGAUGAAACACAACCAACAGCUGAGUCAGGGGGGAAAGGAAAGGUCAUCACUCAUCUGAAAGAACAGUUCCACUUCAAGAAAGUAGUUAUGAUUGGAGAUGGAGCUACAGACAUGGAAGCCUGCCCCCCUGGUGAUUGUUUCAUUGGAUUUGGAGGAAAUGUAGUCAGAAAGCAAGUAAAGGAGAAAGCAAAAUGGUACAUUACUCACUUUGACGAGUUGCUAAAGGAACUGGAAGAGCGAUAAAUUAUACAGUAAAAUAAUCUAUUUAACACCUGUAAAUUCAUUAUACAAUGCAAUUAAACAUUUAUUUGUUUGCAAA